AUGCUGGCCAUCCUCUGCCUGCUUAUCCUCUCCCUUCCUACUUUAGGGGCCUAUAUGUUAAUCAGCUGUGCCUACAAGAGUUUGUGCCAGCUGGCUCUGCUCUCGGGCAAUGAUGUUGUCCUGAAGUGUGACCACCCCAGGGCACUCUGGUACUUCUCUUCCAUUCUUGGGGAGGAUGCCCUUCUACUCUCCUCAAUGCCCAACAUAAUGAAACUACCUGGGGGCAGCCUGAAACUGACUGACCCACAGCCCUCCCAGACGGGCCUCUAUAGCUGCCAGGACAGUGACAGUACUCUCGUCGUUGAGUAUGAGAUUGACUUCCAGGAUGUCACUGCCCUUCAUAUUACACAUAAAGACCUGGGCCAAAAGCCCUUACAGAAUAAGACCCUGAACCUGGAUGGCAGGGUACUCAUCUUCACCCACUGGGAGUCCUGGCAGGACUGUAACCGCUGCGGGGAGCCAGGUGAGCACAAACGCCUGGGGUACUGCUACAUCGAGGAGCCCCUGGAAAAACCCAUGCCUUGCAGGCUCUAUCUGAGAGCUGAGAAGAUUCAAUCCAGCCGCAUUCAGCCUGAACUACAGGUGGAAGCCUGCUUUGUACCCUGCAGCUCAGUCAAGGAAAUCAACCAGCCUUACUUCGUCUUUGACGUUUACCAGCCAGGUGAGACCAACCCGACCACCAGUCUCUCCAGUGAUUCCAACAUAGAUAUAAUGCCUGAGGGCAGCAUUCUCAUUAGAAGUCCACUGCAUUCCCAGACGGGCCUCUACGUCUGCCAGGACAAGAAUGGCAGCCAAGUGGUGCAGUACGAGAUUGAUUUCCAGGAUGUCAACACCCUGCAUAUUACACAUAAAGGCCUGGAUCAAAAGCCCCUGCAGAAUGAGACCGUGAACUUGGGUGACAGGGUACUCAUCUUCACCCACUGGGAGCCCUGGCAGGACUGUAACCGCUGUGAUGAGCCCGGUGAGCGCAAACGCCUGGGGUACUGCUACAUCAAGGAGCCCCUGGAGGAGCCCAUGCCCUGCUGGCUUUAUCUGGGAGACAUAAAGACAUGGUCCAGCCGCAUGCGACCUGAGCUACAAAUAGAAGCUUGCUUUGACCAGUGCAAACCUUCCCAGAAUUUCAGUUCAAAGUAUGUCGUCUUUGACAGCUUCACACUCAACGAGGGGUCUGAAUCUGUGUGGCUCACCUGCCCCUUGGGAUCCAUCUACAGGCCCAUCGUCUGGGAAGCCAACAGCACCCCCUUGACCUGGCGUGGCCAGCUCUCUGGCCAGGAGUUUGGCACCAUCCUGGAGCCCUCCAGUGGUGGGAGGAGGCUGCAGAUCUUCCAGCCGGCCAUUUACACGUGCUUUGUGCAGCAGGAGCUCAUGGCUCGAUUCAACCCCAUGUCCAACCUAGAGAUGCUGGGCACGCAGAAGAAGGAGGAAGCCGGACAGUGGCAGGGUAAGGUGAACACCUUUCUCAGGCUGCUGAAGCUUAUGCUGCUCAUGGGCACUGUCCUGGUCCUGGUCGGGGCAUUGUUCAAAUUCCUCUGUUCUUCCCAGGGCAAAAGAUGUGAUCAGGUGCUGCUGGUGAAAUAA